AUGACCACGAUCCAUACCCUCAAGGUGUUUCCCGUGGUGUAUAUCACGGAUACAAUGUAUCAGAAAUACGAAAAGAAGCUCAUGCAGCUUGGAGAAGUGAAGAACAGCAAAAUUACAUUUGACACGAGGGAUCAGUAUUUCACUGUCAGUUCUCGAUCACCAGCAGCAGUGGAAGAGACUGUAUUGCAAAUCACGUACAGCUUGUUACCCCAUCUUUACAAGAGCAUGGAUGACGACAUGUUGAAUGGCACUUUCCAGACGAUCGAGGAUUAUGAAAAGAACAUGCAACUAAAGAAGGAUCAAGAGGAAGAAGAGGAUCUUGCUGCAGCAUUGUCGACCACGACCACUUUACGAGAUACUCCUUUAUCCACGCCAAUACCCAUGUCACGUGGUGAAUCAGCACCCACACCAACAAAACCCGAAGUUCAAGUUGUGGGACGACCAUUGGAUUUGGAAGAAUUGGAAGAUGAUACCAAAGAGAAACCAGCUGCAUCCGCAUCGACCAAGGCUGCUGCUGCUGCUGCCGCUGCACCCAGUUUGCUGGAUUAUCUGGACACGGACGAUUCCGAGAGUGAGGAUGACAUGCUUGAGGACACGUUUGUUUUCUCAAAGAAUAUCCAAAACCCGGCCGAGGUGCUUCAAGGCGUUAAUCCGCUCAAUGGCCAGCCUCUCAACUACUGCAAGGUUGUUGGUGAUGAAACCGAUACCAUUUGUGAAUUGGACAAUCGGGAAAUUAUUAUCAAGGGUUACAGUCAACGUGAUUUGAAAGAGGCUGCACAACGAUUUCGCAACAUCCAAAAGCUUUAUAAAGCACGUCGACGUCCUACUAUUAUUGUUCCAUGCGUCCAUUAUCCCACACAAUCCGACAAGUAUUGGUUGUACUUUGCCAAUCUCAACCGAUAUGCGCACAAGAGCUUUGUGGAUUUGAUGUAUGCGGAUUCCUUACGACCCUACUAUGUGCUGUUGCCUGUGUUUAAGGAUCCUGCCACCAAUCAGCUUCAGAAACCCAAAGAUCUUUUGGAUGUACCUGUGGCACCACCACCACAACAACAACAACAUCAGGCACCUAUGGCCCCCGUUGCUGCUGCUGCUGCUGUGCCAGCUAGACGUCCAGCUCCACCUCGUGCAGCAGCUCCUCCACAACAAAAACAACUACCACCACAAACACACGCAAUGCGUCCCACAACAGCUGCUGCACCACCACCACAACAACCAGGUUAUCGAAUGGCAACUGGUCCACCCCCUUCCGCAUACAUGAAUGCUCCUGCCUAUCAACAACAACCACAACAACCCAUGCAUGGUGAGGGAUUAUGGGGCGAGGAUCGAGGAUUUAGUAACAACUAUGCUGCCACCGGUCGAUCUAGAGCACCCAUGUUGUCACCCACUACACCACGACCUACUAGUAAUUACGCCAACAUGUCACCCAACUCGGAAGAUUUCCCAGCAUUACCCAUCAAUAACCAUGAUGUAUACCCAGCACCUACUAUGGCACCACCACAGCAACAACCACAACGUCGCGUCAUGCGUAUCAUGCCCCAACAAAGUACUCGAAAUGAUAAUGGUGGCCCUGUUUCAUUGCUUGAACAAGCAAAGCAAUACAACCUGCACAACAUGCAAACAGGAUUGAGCGAAGCUCUUGAUGGUAUUCGAGGAUUCCGUGGCGAGAUCCAAUUGUCGGCCAAACUUGGCAAAGUGUUGUGGACGAAUCUUACGAGUGAGAUCCAACGCAAGACCUGGGAAUUUGGUGAAAUCAAGGACAUUGUUGUCAAGGAGCAUGGUGUUCGACCUCUUUUCAAUGAUGUAACAACGGCCUAUGAAGAGAUUAUCACGCCUAUCUCGGAUAUUCUUCCCAAGCCAUACAACCGUACAGCAUGCUUUGAAAUCCAUACCAAGGCACGUAACCAGCCUGCUCUCCCUUACAAGCCCGUUGUCCUGAUCAUGAACCAGGGUAUCGUCGAAUUCAAAAAGGCGAUUAUACGCAAGACCAAAGUGGCUGAGAUCGAUUGGGUCUCGCUUGACAGAAAAUUCGACUUUCAAAUGUCUCUCACAACCCACGAAUUAGGCCGUACCGAUGUCAAGCCUUAUACCACAUUUUUGAAAAAGAUCUCCGUAUGUCCCAUUACGAGCCAGUUGACCUAUGAGAAUGUGCGUGAUUUCCUUGAAGUUGAUCACAUUUUGUACAAGCAAAAGACCCGUUAUCGUAUUCAUUUUCCUUUUGUUGUCGAGAUCACACGUGUGGAACGAGUACCCAUCAAACUUCAACCAUCGAAUGGCUAUGGUACGGAAAAGUUCCUUGGAUUGACCGGCAAAGGUGAAGUCUGGUAUGACUUUCAGGUGUAUUACACAUUGCAUGAUGAAGCUUUCAAGUCGAAUCUUAACCUGGGUGUGGGCAAGAUGCCUUCGUGGGAUGUGGAUAGUAUCUUAGGUCCUCAAGAUCAGCCCAAUGCUUUGAUCGACUAUGUCAAAUGUUUGCUUUUGCUGGUAGAGAAAUGUGAACCUUUAUUCAAUAACUAG